AACUGCUCAGUUCUCAGCUCAGUGCAGCUUAGCUUUGUCAGGCCUGUUGUGUCUCAGCUUCCAGUAACCGUAUCCCAGCUUGCCUGAGCUUGGCGUAGGUUUGGCCUGGCAGAGCUCAGCUUUUCGUACCGCAACUUGGUGGAGAUGAUCGGAGCUGGGUCUGGCGCUUGUCGCGCGACGCCCAGGGCUCGCGCGAGGUGCAGCUGGCGCUGCAGGAGGCCGGCGGCGAUGCGGUGCGCGUGGCGCUGGCGCGGGAGCUGCGGGGCCGCAUCUGGGUGGCCAUGCAGUGUCCUCAUGCGAACCACGUCGUCCAGAAGUGUAUCACGAGCAUGCCCCCGCAGCACUCCCAGUUCAUUCUGGACGAGCUGCUGAGCAAGGGCGUCGUUCACGCCGCCCAGCACAAGUACGGGUGCCGAGUCAUCCAGCGCCUCUUGGAGCACCUGGCGCCGUCGCAGGUGGAGGAGCUGCGCGAGGCCCUACUGGUCAAUGCCCACCGGAUGAGUCGGCACCAGUACGGCAACUACGUCAUGCAGCACCUCCUCGAGCACGACUCUGCGGAGCACCAGCACCGCGUCGUGCGGGAGCUGUGCGCGGACGUCGCCGGGCUCGGCUCCAACCUCUACGGCGCCGCCGUCCUCGCCGUCGCCCUCGCCCACGCCUGCCUCGAGGACCAGCUCGCGCUGGCCCGCGCCAUCGCGAGGGCCCCGGGCCUCAUCGAGCGCAUGUCGAGCACGAGACACGGCCACCUGGCGGUCAAGAGGACGAUCGCGGCGCUGGAGGGCAGCGACCUGGAGGCGCAGGUGGGUGCCCGCGUGGCCGCCAACGUCCAGGCCAUGGCCGCGGGGCGCUACGGGCGGGUCCUCGCCGCGAGCGUUGGCCUGUUGCCUGCGACCGUGUCUGGAAACUCCGUCCCACCCGUGGACGAGGCAUGAUUUAUCGAAGAAGAAGAAAAAGAAACGUCAUAGACAUAGCAAGCAUAAACUUUCCGCGCUCCGCGCGAAGUUCUUCUUGGAUCCGCGCUGGGACCCCGGGCGGCGCCUCUGGCGCCGCCCCUGGCGCGAUCCGCGCCCCAGGGAGUGGGGUCCAGCGCAGAUCCAAGAAAUCCGCGCGGAGCGCCACACAUUUCUGUUUAUGCCGUUUUUUUUCUACAUCCCACAUGAUGAGGAGAGGUGGGGAUUCUUUGUGCUCUGAUCCAGCAGCUUGCCACAAGUUUCAUGAGGGCAGCUGGUGGUUGUGCGGUGGGCAGGUGGUGCUGCACACUUCGCAGGAGCACUCGGGCUGGAAGGCUGGCAUCAUUAUUUGGCUACGCUCGGACUGCUCUGCGAGACAGACACAUCAUCUAGCGCAGGCAGUCCCACAUUGGAAGGACGAGCAGCCGCUGCAGGAUCACGGUCCAGGCGAAGAACGUCACUAUGUGUAGAGCUGUGCCGUACAUGUCAAUGCCCGAGUCCUCGUAUGAAUCACUCCAGUUGGAUCUGGUAAUAUUGCAGUGUGUUUCCACCGUUUUUUGUCUCCAAGCGUUUGUACAGGUAUGCAGGGUCAUGGUAGAGAAUCAUUGCACCAUUGCUCCCACCGUGGUGCCAACGCUUAGACUUGGUACUCACGCUCGCUCGGCCAUUGGCCGGUUGGCCUCUUGUAGUCGACCAGGCAUUCAAGCUCGUUUUUAUGUUGCGUGGGCCCAGCAUGUACACGUACGCCACCCUUUCGGAAACCAGGACGAAUUCGGCGCGACCUCAAUUGGGGCUAUUAUCGAAGACGGAAGGUGGGUAGUAGUCGUAUGCUUGCUUUUUUUUGCUCUCCGCUCGUGUCCCAUGCCGAGUGCCCGCUCCACGAGCGCGCACUGUGUUGUGUACAGCCUUUUUUGCACGAGCAGCGAAUUCAAGCGAAGCCCCCACGUGGCUACCGGACCCGACGGUCGAGUAUCGUACAGUGCCGCUCUUUUGCCACUGUGAGGGUGGUGGAGACAAUGCGCGUCAAGACGGUCGCCAAGCUCGGAGAAGGGAGGAGGAGAGAGGAGGACGAGGAGGAGUUCGAGGACGGACACGCGUGCUAAGACUUCUGUUGGUUGCCAGGUUUGACUUUCCGUCCUCUGGGCUGAAGCAAUAUAGAUCCACAGCCUUCGCUAGGUCUGGCCCUAUUUUCCGACUGAACAAAAUGUUUCUCCUCUUCUCGUUCUGAUCCUUUCCUCUUCCUCGCGACUUAUCUCUCCUGCGUGCUCACUGCGUUCCUCUGGCUCAUACUGUAUCAUUCUUACUAUUUGCUAUUCGCCAGUUUCCUGAAUGCUCCUGGGCAUUGAGAAAUUGCUGUGUGGUGGUAGUUUAUACAAGCCGUCGUGUGAAGCUCGCGUGGUUGAGAAGCAGUCUCUUUUGGUAUACUGAGUGCACUACUCAACGGGCACGUUCCCACUC